UUGAAGGAAACUAUCACAAACGUUCAAGAAAACUGUCUAUUUCCAAUUUCUUUUUCUCUCUAAUUUUUUUCUUCAAAUUGAAAAGAAAAAAGACCCCUUUUCCAUAUAAAACAAAAAACAAAAAAAAUACCCCUUUUACAAUUACAUGUAAAUUCAGGCUAAGCAGGAACAAAUAACACAUUUAGUACCUUCAAUUGUCAUAAUCCUGAUUCAUUGUAUCUGCCAGCAGUUUUGUUCAAAAACUCAGUCUCAGAAUUUGAUUUCUAUUUUGGGUUCAAGAAAUUUCUUGAUUUAGUCAGAUAUGGCCUUGGCAUUUACCCCUUUGUCCUGGUGGCUUUGGAGUGGAAAGCAUCAAGAACCAAAAAUCUCGAAAGGGACUUGUUUAAAUUCAUUAUCUGAUUCAGGGUUAUUUGAAUUGGAUACUUUGACAUUCCCUCGGAAUAUUGCCUCCUCAUCUGGAAGGGUUAAGAGAAAAUGGCAGAGUCGAGAGGAGCGCAAGAUUGAUAGGGAGUAUGAUAUUGUUCUUGUGCCAUCGGACGGUGGAUGUGUAUCAGGGUCCGAGUCUGAUGAUUCAGACUGGUCCAUUGGAUGGUUGGAGCCUCAUGGCCCGGAGUUCCACAGUGAUGAAAAUAGAGAUGAUAGUUUUGCUGUGCUUGUUCCUUGCUAUGGACGUGGACGCGCAAACAUGGAAGAUAAUGCACAAGACAAGUUUCUGCAGGGCAUUGGAAACUUCAAGGAUAUACAUGCUUCUGAGAAUAAGAAGUAUACGGAGCAGUGGCUCUCAUCUUUGCAGUACAGCUGACAUACUGCAAUGGCUGAGUUUAUUCGAUUUCUUUUCUGCUGCCCCUCCAGAUUCUUUGUUGCAGUGGAUUCAAUGAUCAUACCGUACCUUGUGUCUCUGAUUUUCAGAAUUAGUUCGGAAGAAGUAACCUCUACUUGCCUCCUCCGAUUGGUGUAAAUUCGUGAUUUGAAACUGGUUGGAAGGAGAAGAGAAGAAUGAUGGUUAAAGAAAAACAAUUGGAGAAAACUAAGAAAAAAUGGAGGGAAAGCUAAGUUGUGAUUAUGCUUGUAAUAUUCUUUGAUGUAAAUAUAUCUGUGAAUAGGUUCAUCCAGUUGUCAAUAUCUCUUUCUGCCUGAGAAAAUAAUUGGAUACUUUUGAUGUUAUUAGCAAGUAUGUUGUCAUUGUGAAAUAUGCAGUUUCAUCCGGUUGUAAAUUAUUUCUGACUGAAAUAAAUGGGAAGUUCAAAUGUUAUUAGUAA